AUGUUAGCUACAUGUAGUAAUAUAUUACAAAUAUGGAAUUGUCAAGAUUAUUCAAUAAUUAAAGAAUUUGGUCAUGAUCAUCAACCAUCAACAGAUACAAUUAAAUCUAUUGAUUGGAAAAAAGAUAAUUCAAAUUAUCUUGUUUUUACAUAUAAACAAACAGGACGUGUACAAUUAUAUGAUUUACAAAAAAAUAAAUCUGUUGAACUUUCAACGACAAAAGCUCAAUGUUGUUCAUUUAGUAUGUCAGGAAAAUAUUUAAGUAUAACUAAUGAAGAUUGUCAAGCACAAAUUUGGGAUGUUAAUUCAGGAAGAAUUGCUCAAACAUUUAAUAGUGUUGAUCAAAGUCCAAUGGAAUGUAUAUGUUGGGGAAAUGGAGAUUCGUAUCUCGCUGCAGGAACACGAAAAGGAAAUGUUUUUCUUUAUAAUCAAUUAACAAAACAAACCUUUGCUGGAUUUACAAUGAAACAUGGAAAUAAGCUCGGUUCGAUAUCAUCAAUAAAAUGGUCACCACAUAAAGAAUUAAUAGGAACAACAUCAAAUGAUGGUUUACUUUCAUUAUGGAAUUAUCGUUUAAAAGAAUUAAUUAUAUCAAUACAUUCACAUAAAGCUCCAGCUACUGAUUUAGCUUUUUCUCCUCAUCAUGAUGCUUUUCUUGUUACAUCAGGAAUGGAUGGAUCAUUAUGUUGUUUCGAUGUUGUACAACAAAAGAUUUUAUCAACAAUAAGUAUCUAUGCUCCAUUAACAAGUGUUGAUUUUCAUCCAAAUGGUUCAUUAGUUGCUGUUGGAACAAUGGGUCAACAUGCAUCUAUUUAUGAUUUACGUGAUCCAAAAAAUAAAUUAUCACAUUUAGUUAAUUCGGAACAUGGAAAUGUUUAUUCUGUUAAAUUUGAAACAGGACAAACAACAAAUAUUCAAAGACCAACAACACUUUUACAAGAGACAAAUAAAAGUUUGAGUACAUUUGCACAACAAACAACACGUUCUCGUCAUACAUCAUCAUCAUCAUCAUCAUCAACAACUCAAUGUUCAACACCUGUUGAUGAACAAAUAUCAAUAAAUCGUUCAUAUGGUACACAACCUCGAACAACACAAACACGUGAAAGAUCAAAUUCAUCUCUUUCAUCAAAAGUUAAUACACCAUUUAUUACAACUGAAUAUUCAAAUACUAUUGAUACAAGUUUAUCAUGUUCGCGACAAGGUAGGUAUUCUGUUUAUAUUGAUAAAAUAAUUGAAGAUAUUUCUAUCUAUAUAGAAGGUAAUCAUCCUGGUGAAGAUAAAUCAAUAUCACGAGUAAGUAAUAAUGAUUGUAUGAGUUUUGAAGAAUUUACAAAAUUAUGUGGAGUUUAUAAUCGUUCACCAAUUGAAAAUGGUCAUUAUCGAACAAAUGUUAAUUCAAAUGAUCAAGAUGAAUCACUUAAAAUAAUAUUAGAUAAUCGAGUUAAUUCUUUACGUGAAGAUUUAAAAGAUGAUCUUAAUAGAACAAAAUUAUCAAUGCAAAUGAAUUUUAUUCUUGAAUUAGAACGACUUAGAAAUGAUUUAAUGAAACAAAUUGAAUCUCAUUCAUUAAAUGCUCAAUUAAUCGAUGAAAUUGAACGUCUUAGAGAUGAAAAUAAACGAUUACGUCAAUUACAACCUCGAAUUUAA